AUGGAUUUGAUUACAACUAAUAAAUCAAUAGUUUGUAUAUUGGGAGAUUAUAAAGAGAAACUGAAAAAUCAAUUAAGUAAUUUUGAAGGUGGAAUGCAAUAGUAAAAUUCAUAAUAAUAAGCUUAGAUUUAUAAUAUCACUAGAAUUAGAAUACAAGAAAUUAGCUCAUUAAGGAGGUGGAAUAAUGAAAUUGUCUUGGUUAAAUAAACUAAAAACUGUAAAUUUAGUAAUUAAUUUAAUAGUUUCCAUCUGUUGUAAUUUGGAUUUAUGAUAUUUCAGAAUGUAUUGAUUCUAUUAAUAAUUAUAGCUGAAAAACUUAAUAGUCUAUUAGAUAAUUAUAAUUCUUUAAAAUAAACACUUCUAUUGGCUAAGAAGUUUCAACCAAAAAUCAUAAUCAUACUUACAGGUAGAAAUGUGGGAGGAUUUGAUUUUAAUUAUUUAAAAAAAGAAAUAGAUUUAAGAAAAGUGUUUGCUGUUGAAUUUGAGAAUAUUGGUUAAUAAUUAAAAAGGUAUAUAUGAUUUAAUUUAAUUAGAUUAAAAAAAAUGAUAGUUGAAGAUUCAUAAAAUUUCUAUUAAGAACUAUUUAAUAGAUAUAAAGCAGAUGCUAGUAAUUUAUAAAAGCAAGAAAUGAGUGAUUAAAAGUUGAUUCUUGAAAUCAAGAAAACUUUAAUAAGUGAAAUUGAAAAUAAUAGUAAAAAAACAAAUAAACAUCUUCAACAAUCUUAUGAGAUAGUAACUUAGUUAGCUUCAAAAAGAAGAGAAUUAUUAACUUUUAUUGAUGAUAAUUCUUUUUAUUUAUCAUAUGAAUUGAUACUAUAAGCAGAAGAAUAUAGAGAAGUAUUGUUUAUUUGUGAGAUAGCAAGAUAGCUGAUCAGUUGAGAUUCAAAUUAUUUAGAAACCUAGAAUAUUAAGAUGUCAUUUAAUAAUUUGAAAUUCAUUUUAAGACAUUUAAAAAUAUUAUUUAAUACAAUCUAUUUGAUAUUUAAGAAUAUUUAUGGAGAGUAAAAAUCUUUACUUCAAUAAUAAGAUUUUUAGAAUCAAAAAUUUAAACUGUUAAUUAUAAUGUAGUUUAUAACUAUUUUUAAGUAAUAUUUUAUCAUUAUUAUAGACAACUCUAUUGUCAUAUAUAAAAUUACAAUAUUUGGGAUAACAAUAAUAAAAUUCUUAAAUGGAAUAAUAUGGUUGUUAAAUAUAUAAAUCAGAACCUGAAUUUUUAGGAAGACCUAAUUAUUUGAUCAGAGAAAAUGAUUAAAUUAUUGAAAUAAAAAGUGAACAAAAGAGAUAUUAUUAUUAAUAGAUAAUGAAUUUUAGAAAAAAAGAGAUAGAAUUAGCUCCAGAUGUUUCAUUUAUAUUUGAAAUAUGGAAAUAAUAUAAUGAUAAUGGUUAAGUUAAUUAUUAAUAUACAAAUGUAUAUUUUAAAUAUUUACAAAUAUUAAUUUAAAAAAACUUUGAUUUGAAACAAUAAAUAUAAGAUAAUUUAAUUUAAUUUGGAUUAAUGGAAGAAUAUAAAAAUUUAAUAUAUCUAUAAUAUUAAACAGCUCCACUUAUUAAAUAAAUUUAAUUAUUAAGUGAAAUAUUACUUUAUGAAUAAAACAAAAUAACAGAUAUUAAAAAAUUAGCAUCAUAAUUAAAUGAAAAAUUAGAUUUAGUUAUUCCAGCAAAUUCAUUUAUUUCUAUUUCUAAAUUAGAGUCAGAUGAAUCAUUUGUCUAACUUAAAAUUGAAAUGAAUAUCAACUAAUAAAUUUUAGAUUUGAUAGAGACUGGUAUUAUUUACUGUAGAAAUUAUGAAAUAGAAUUUAUAGCUACUUAAAAUUCAAUUUUAAAAACAGAUAAAAUUAUUGAAAAACCUGUUUAGAUUAAAUUAUUUGGAAAAUAUUUGUAAAAAAUAUUAUUUAUUUUUUUAGAGAUAAAUUAUCAGUUACAAUUAUUUGUUAAGAUGUUGAUUUAUUUUCAAACAAGUAUAAAGUUAAUUAUUUAUCUUAAAAAUCAAGAGAUCCUCCCAUCAUCAAUUUUUCAUCUGACAUUGCUUAUAUUAAUGAAAUUAAUGAAAUAUAAGUUGAAUUAAGUUAUGUAACUGAAGUUGAACUUAUUGGAUUUAAUUUAAACAAAAAUACUUUAUAGAAAUUUAAAUAAACUGAUGAUAAGAUAAUGAAAACAAAUAAAUUUACAUUAUUAAUUACAGAAACUUAAAUUCUUGAAAAAAAUAUUUCCUUUAGAAUAUUAGGUGAAACUAUUACAAAGAAAAUUAAAUUUAUGUUUCCUUUUACAUAUAAAAUUAAACUUAAAUAAAUGAGUAGUGUAUAUUAAAAUGCUUAAAAUCGAAAUAAAAAUUCAGUCAGUGCUUAUAGUAGAUGCAGUUUAUAAUUAGAAAUUUAUGAUUUAGUUCCAUAAGAAACUGAAUUUAUACCAGUAGUUGAUUUAGAUUUUUUUAAUAAAAAUAAAUUAAAUGUAAUAUUUUAGACAAGAGAAUAAACAAGUUAUUUAUAAUUUGGAUAUUUUAGAGUUAAAUAUUAAAGAAAUUCUAAUAAUUAUGAGAUUAAUGUUUAUGUUAAUGAUGUAAAUGUGUAAUCUUAUAUGCAAAAUGUAGAAAUUAUAUCUCCACCUACUUGUAAAUCUCAAUAAACUUUUGAGAUUUAAGUUAAAUUGAAGACUUCAGAAGCAUAGAAUUUUUUCAUUUAAUUAAAAGAUUAAGAAAAGAAAUCAUUUUUUGUUAUGGGAAGAGUAAAGUAAAUGAUUUGGGUAAAUGAUGAAGUCAUUUUAUCAUAUUUAUUAUUUCCUAUAGAAAUUGGUAAGUGUAAUUUACCAGGAAUAUAAAUUGAGAUUAGAUAACCUAAUAAUCCUCAUCAAUUAGUAUUUGACUCAUCAGGAAUGAAAUCUAUAUUAAUAUUACCUUGA